AUGUGGGUCAGCAGUACCAAUCCGCUUUUUAAGUAUGUGACCAAAAAGCCGCACAAAGCUAAAAAGACCUCUGGUAAAAAGUCCAACAACGCUGGAGCUCCAGCUGUAAACAAGAAUUGGGAGGCUGGCCUCGUAAGAGCACAAUUUGAGGAGGACUCGUGGCAGGCCUGUGUGACGUUUGUGGUUGGGAGCAGUCCACAGGACGAAGAACUCAUCAAGGCCCUCUCUCUGGCUGUGGAGAAACCGGAGCGCAAACUUUUCUCCGUGAUAUCCUGGGACAGGACCAUUGAAAAGAUCCAUGAGCUGGGUAAUCCCAAAGCGAAAAAAACUGACAAUGUCCCCAUGUUCCACGAGGUUACAGAACAAGCAAAGGUGCUGCUGGAUGCUGGAGACGAGAUUCCAUGUGACCUGAUGGCAAAAAUCCUAAAGUUCCAGUUGCUACACAUCAAAGCCAUUGAUCAGAACAGGAGGGAUGCAGAGCAGACUGAAGGAAAAGAAGAAAAGACCACCCCCUCUUCUAACAGCAAGGGCAAAAGUGGAUCUGACAAAAAAGGAAAGGAUGUGGCCUCAGCACCUGGAGAUUCCAAAGAGAAGAAAACCAAGCUCAGACGGAGAGGCGAUGCUGAGCCGCCCACAUUCAUAGAUGAUGAGCCAGAGUGUGGUCCUCACCACUAUAUUCUAUUGCUGGGAUUCUACCAGCCAUACCUAAUUUGCUUACUCAAUGCUAUCACUGUGCAUGUAGCAAAUGUCAUCAAACUGUGCUCGGAGCAUACCCAAACUGGUCAAACGCUGGAACAACACAGACAUGGGGUCACCGACCUGGGCCUGAAAGAAUCCCCAGUUCAGGAUGCAGAUGUGGCUUUGCUGGCCAGAAAGCUGGAUUUGUUUUGGUCAGGUCUGAGGCCUGUAUUAGAGAGCGGACCUUCUGACUCCAGGCUCCAUGAUGUGGUUCAGCUGAGCUACACUGUGCCAGAUUUUGCUCCUCCCUUUGACACACAGGACCCUGAGGCUGUGCUCCAGUUGGGUAGUCAAAUCUUUGAUGGUGUGUCCAAUCUGAUCUAUGUGUGCCUGGACUGGCGCAGGCAGCAUCAGCACUACUGUGACAAUGUAAAGUUCCUCAGGGUACCUUCUGUUGGUGGUCUGGAUUCACAGUCUGCAGAGGUUGUGCAGACUGUUUCAUCCAAGAUUCCACGUUCCCAGAAGAAGUCAGUCCAAGAGCAAGAAUCUGUAGACAAAGAGACCAAGCUCCCUCCACUCUCUACAGAUGUGGACAUGUGUUACUAUAGCAGUCUGCUGGACCUGGUUCCCCCUGAAGCCUGCUCGGUGCCCUUGAUGUUGCACUGUAUGCUGGAGCAGGUGGUCAUUUCAACAGAGCAAUCUUUUCCCACCCCGUCUUGUAUGGCUGAGGACUCUCAAGCUGCAACUGGCCCCCGUUUAGACAGUGAGCUGGUCAGCUGCAUGCUUAAAAGCUUCCUGCCUUUCAUACAAACAGAAGAGGAGAAACGUUUCGUGUUAGAUAAUCUUUUGGCUACCGUAGAGAAGGAAGAAGACAAGAAGAGGCUUUUCCAUACGUUUGGGGGAGUGGAGAAGAAAUCUGAGCAGCCUGUGAUUAUCAGACACCAUGAUGAGAUAGCGCUACGCUUGAGGGACAUCAGCGUGACUAACAGCUUCAGUGUGGCAGAGGUGGAAUCUUCCAUGAUGAAGUUUUCUCCAGCCUGGCAGCUGAUUCAGUCAGUGACUGAGCAGAGAAAGAGUACCUCCUGUUGGAAGUUGGUCAAACAGCAGCUGCAGUACUACUGCACAGAUGACGCUGUGUCGUGGCCGGACGUAGAGCGACUGUUUCAGCAGAGUGUGUUUGAAGCAAUGACACUGCGCACAAUGGAUCAGCAGGGUGUUUUGCCCAAUACUACUGGACUUCUGGCCACACAGGAACAAGAGGAGCCCCAGAGACCUACAUUUAUCCCCUGGGACGACCCUUUAUCUUAUGCUAAACAGCAGCUUCAUAACCUCAUGAAUAAAGGUCCGACAUUUGUUACUGAAGACCCCGCUAACAUGGAGCAGCUCAGCGGUAAAGUCUGCUGCCAGCUGGACUUAUCUGAAAUGCAGAAAUGUAGGCUGAGAUCUCUUUUUGAUUGGCACUACAGUGAACAUCAUGAUGCUGCUGUUUUCCCACAGGUUCUACAGUCUGCCUUUGAGGAGUAUCGUUGCCUGGACACUUUUACAGGGUCUAAUGAUAAUAUCCUGUACGUUUUCUGUCACAAUCCCAUGAACUCUCAUCGCCAGUCCAAAGAGUUCUGGGAUGUAAAACUUCACACCGAUGUUAAAUUCAGGAAGUACUUGGAGCAUGUCGCAGACAGCAUCUCAAACUGGAUAGUUGAUGAGGAAUUAAAGAGAGAGACAAUGGAAGUUAACCAGAGACCAACAGAAGAUGACAAGGCUGUACCCUCUGAAGAGGCGAACACUCCUCUGGAGCCAGUUAUCAGAAAAGAUUCCCUAAAAGCCUGGAAGUUGGAGCAGGAGCAAAUGAAGGAAGAAGAGAUAAACAAAAAAUCUAAGAAAGAGAAUACGACCAAAGGCAAGCAGCAGAAGGAGGAGGACCCAUCGAAGGACAGCAAAAAAAGUAAAGCUUUGUCUGGUGACAAGAAAAGCCGACCAAAUACAGCAAGCAGCUCAGCCAAAGCUGCCCCAGAGUCUGCUGUUCCUACAGCGCCCCCUGGAAAUAAAGCCAAAGGAGUGCAGCUGGCAGAGGAACCUUCUUGUUGUUUUACUGGAUACAGCAUGGAUGGACAGUUGGCCCAUGUGUCAGGUCAUGUCCAGUGCCUCUUCCCUUCAGAUGGAGGACAGAUCACUGUGGAGAAUGUCAGCUUUGUUGAAGGUUCCAGCCUGAUGAAACUUUGUGUAAAGAAGGAUGGGCAUAGUUUUUACACACACAUCAAUCACAUCUUUGUAGAUCCUGUAAAGGAGCCUUGUGUUCCACAAGACAAAAAGAACACGGACCCAACGGAGGCCGGUGGAGGAUCAGAACAUAUGCAGGUGAAAAGAGUAAAGCAGGGCUCCCUCUCAGCAGUGCUCGACAAUAAAAUCCACCUCUCUUACAGUUUCUACGGUCCCACAGGAGAAUGCUCAGAUUAUUCUUUUGGAAAAGAAGAAGGCUCCAUCCAGGAACCCAUCCCUCUCUCCUCCUCCAACCACUCAACAGACCUAGAGUCAGUUCCCUCCUUGAGUCAAACCCAGUCAAAUCAGGGCUGUGAAGGCACAAAACCUUUCCAAUUCAACAACCUGAAUGUUUAUGUUCCCAAUGGCCUUCUACUGCAAUUCCUGCAAGAGGAUACACCAGGAGUAUCACCAGUGGAAAAGAAUAUUUUGGUGAGACAGAGCUUUCCUCUACAAGGUCAAGGGCAAAUGCAGCAUCUUCAAGACGUUUCCCUCUCUAAGGAGCUUUCACGACUUAUCACCAGCCAGGGAGCUGUGAUCCGCCAUUUCAGAGAUGGAUCCACAGAGGUGCUGUUUGCAGAUGGUUCAGUCAGUUUCAGCCAGGAUUCUGGUCCGGUUUGGGUUCCUGAUUCUGAUAUUCAGGGAUCAAACACUCAACAGGAAUCUGACAAAGAUCAGACCUCAGAGAAUGAAACUGAGACUCAGAAAGGAUGUUGGCAAACCACAAGUCCAUCUGGAGAUCGCAUCUGCACCAUUGGGACCGAACACAAACACAUACCCAUCAGCUCUCUUCUCUCAUUUAGGGCCACAGAUCCCAUCACCAAUCAGGUGAUGGUGAGUCGGGAAGAUUUGGUGGUUUCUGUCAAGAACCCAGAUGGAUCGUUUAUUGUGGAUCAUGCAGACGGAACCAGGAUCACAAGCCUUCUGCAAGAUAGACCACUGAAUGCUACACAGCGUCAUCUGCUGCGCACAGGGGAGAAACCAGAAAAUUUUACUCAUAAGUCAUCCUUUCAGUUUUCAAGGAGCCACUCAUGUGUCAGAAAAGAUGGGAACCCACAUAUCCAUGGUGCUUGUGAAAGUGGGGAUGAGCUUAGUUGCAAGAGUGUUGGGAAUUUUGGCCAUUGCUGUGAGGACGGGGAAACUAACAGCAAUGUCCAUGAGAGUGAUGAGCAGACUGACUUUCCUGAGGAGAGUGUGACUGAGAGGGAAAACUUAAGCACGCCCACCAAGGAGCGAGUAGUUUUGGUGGAGAAGGAGGGCUGCGCCACAGUAGUGAUGUACCCAGAGCGUCACUCAGCACACAUUCUUUUGGCUGAUGGAAGCAUCAUCACUGGAAACAACAAAGGAGAAUAUGAGGUUUUUCCAUCCAGUGCUGGAUUCCUGCAGAUCCAAAACGAUGGAAAGUGUGUGUACUCUUCCUACCCACUGGUAGCCUCCAGUGCAAAGCAUGGUGCCACCAAAAAGCAAACAGGCAUUUACACAAUGAGUCACAUAGACAAAGUGGCUUGUGAUAUUAUGGAUGCUGAUGGGAACCACUUCCAGGUGAUGGAAGAUGGGCAGAUAUCUGUGCUCAGCAUGAAUCCUGCUCCACGCACUCCUAAACACGAUAUAGAAGAGGAGGAAAGAGAAAUGGGAACAGUUUCUGCAAAAAACAAAGAUCACUGUCCUAGGCUAUUUUUGGUGGACGAGGAUGGUUCAGGCACUGAGCUGUUGAGUUCUCAUACUGUGGAGGAGCUGCUUCACCAAGCAUGCUCUGACCCCACCAUCGCAUUGCUGACAGAAUCACUGCCAGACAAGCAAGAUGAGUUUGGUAUCACUAUCUUAAAACCCAGCCCGCAGAAUGUGUGGUUCCAGUGGAUGUUAGAGAAACAAAACCCUAACAUCACCCCUCCCAACCUCAGGAACCGUAGCUGGCAUGACUUCCCUCCAGUGGAGAAGAUUAUGCCCGGUCCCGCAUUUGGUACCAAUGUAGGGGUUGGUUUGACUCUGACAGAGAGGUGUGGUGGCUCUGAAGCAAAGCACCAACUUGUCAGGAGCUGCCCUAAAGUCUUGGAGAUAAGGGAACUUUGCCAGCACCAACCAUUCACCACAGCAAUCAAAAAUACUGUGGACAUACGACUGAAAGAAUACAUUGAGAGUUUGAUGGAGAGAGAACAGCUAUCAGAAGAGAUGAAAGUGAAAGACCCCCGAUCUGAGGAGGAGGUUGACCAUGCCAAAAAUCUCUUCACUCUUAUACUGUCUUUUGCAGAUGAAGAUGAUAUAAGUCAGUCCUCUGAUACCAGGAUUUCAGUGGAUGUAGCCAGUCUGUACAGCCAAGGAGUCGGAGCAUCAGCUGUGCAGUCUGAUGUUACAGAAGACACAAAUACACAGGCCAGUGAUGGUUUGGAGAGAGCACAAUGUUUUUCUAACAGAAAUGAUUUGAAAUGGACUGAAAGACUUGUUAAAUACAGACAGGAAAUCAGCGAUGAAAGGACUCAAAGGGAGGCUCUGAGGAACAAAACUGUUGUUCCUUAUUUCCAUCAAGAGAACAUUCCAUUAUAUGCAAAUCUACUACAUCACCAAACGCCUGAUAUGGGAAAUUUGUCCAUGGAUAUCUCACUGAUUCCAAAGUCAGACUGUCCUCAGGCCACUGAUGAAGAGGAAUCACAACAGAGCACUCCACGACCUUUAAACCCAACUCCGUCCAAGUCUGAGAGUCAUGCAGCAGUAAGUGACAGGUUAGCUGAACAGAGACCCACUAACCCCACACCACAGACUGCUGGCGAAAGCAGUCUGAUAUCAAGGAAAUGUAAGCCAACCCAGGUGGAUGUUACUGGGAAGCCCAGGCGUACUGCAGUCAGGCUACCAGCCUGCAUCCUCAGCUCUAAACCAUGCAGUGUACCAAAUCAACAUUUCCUGAAAGUGGAGGAGCCGGUUAGGAGGAAGUGUCGGACGAUUUCUCUAUCUGAUGCGGGUACGAUAUUGAGGGGCUUCCAGCUUCACCCGUCAAGCGUUGACUUCGGUAUGCAGCAGAUGGGCACUUCUGCAACCAUCAGUGUGGUCAUGAGGAAUGUGGGUGUUGACACAUGCAGGUUCCACGUAAAACAGCCUCCUCCUGCCACAGGCCUUCGUGUCAUCUAUAAUCCUGGCCCUGUGCCGGCAGGUUUGAGUGUUGAAUUGAAGGUUCAGCUGUUUGCAAUGUGUGGAGCACAGGCAGAAACUGAGCAAAAGAAGCACGUCUCCCAGGAUAUUAUCAUCCAUACUGAGACAGACAUCCUCUAUCUGCCAGUCACGGCUACCAUCCUUUCUGUGGGCCUGAUUGAUAAGGAACAAAGCAGAACACAGGAAAAGAGAGGCUCCAAAGCCUUCCAGCCUUGA